AUGGACAUCAUCGAGACACUAGUCACUCUGACGGCACUACCUUCGGACCACAUGCCAGUGGUCAUGGACAUUCUGGACUUCGCGACGCAAGCCAGGAGUCUCAACGCUAUUCAGGAAAACAUAAAAAAAUGGAAGAAGCAAUUCAAAAAGUUAUUGGAAGACACUGGUUAUGUUACACCGGGCAAACAGCUUUCUGAAGUACGAGUUUUAUUUAUGGGCCGAGAGUGUUUUGAGGCUCUUUCUGAGCAUGAUUGCCAACAAAUUUAUGACAAUCAUCAACGUGAACUAGUGGAAUCGGCUAAACACAAUUUUCAAGAGCUGUUAAUGGAGAAUGCUGAUUUAUUUUAUCACUUCAAAAACAAUGAACAGCCUGGCACGAUCACUCAAAAUGACAUAAAGGAAAUUACUGACGUGCUUCAAGAAGACCUACGCUACAAAUUACUGGAUCGGCUGGAUCAAGAUAGAAAAGUGAUAUUGUUCCAACAUCUUGGUUUUGUGCAUUGUCCGAUAAAGGAACAUUGUCCUGCAUUUCCGAACUGUAUGGAUGCAUUAAUCGAACGGAUACUUGUGUCACAUCGAAUCCUCCCGAAUACUCGUUUUGGACAGAAAGAGGGUCAUGUUCAAUUGAAUUUGAUUGUUAUUGGGUUAGAUUAUAUAGCAAAUGAUUUUAUCGACAAAAUUCAUCUAAAUUGCAAUGAUAAUGGAGAGUACAUCGUUGAUGGACAAGUUUAUGGUGUAAACAUAGAAACAAUCAACCGUGAUAAUGAUUGCUUUUCUUUUGAAAUGCAAUCUAAGGGUUUGAUAUGCUGCUAUUCGAACCGACAAACGUUUCAGUAUGUUUUUGAGGUUCUCGAUCGUUUAUUGGUUGAUAAUCUUGACUUUAAAGAUAGUGUUAAUAAUUUACAUAUUGUUUUUAUGAGUGAUGACAAAAAUAGUCAGAAUACGCUUCAUCAACUACAAAUCGAUGGACAGUCUCUGGCAGAAAAACUGCAUUGUGUUUUUAUUGAUGAAAAUGAAUUCUAUAUUUCCGAACAAGACGUGAAAUUUAUGACUACUACGUUAAACAGCGUAAUAGAUUCAAUUCCCUUCGAGGAAUUAAAAUUUGGACUAGGUUUACCUGAAUUACCCGAUCUACGACUAAUCAUGUCCAUCUUUUGUGGCGAUCCAUUUUCAAUUGAGAAUCUUUUAACCUCUAUGAUGCUGGAACAAUCAUGCAUUAGUGUAGGCGAGCGGAACAUAAUUUUUGAAAUGUUUCUUGGUGACUCCAAACGGCGUGUGGAGCUUAUUCUUUCAUCAUACCAUGGUGCCAAUGCAUUUCGCGAUGAUCUUAUUCAUGGAUUUAUAUUAUUAUAUUCUAGUAAACGUAAAGCAUCUCUAUCAACACUGAGUGCUUUUUCGUUAAACAUUCCAAAUUUACCAAUGCAAAUUGUAGCGGUUUCAGAGCUAGGUGGAGUUAACGCCUUUUUUAACAAUGAAUUAUCGCAAUCAUUAAUCACUGAGGGAAAUACAAUUGCUGAUAAAUUACAAGCACACUUUACUACUGCUUCAGAUGACGACGGGCAAUUCAGGUUUGCUUCGUUCGCACCAUUUAUCAAAGAAGUUUGGGAUAAAAAGCCAGAAAUUGAACAUGCUUUCAAUUUAGAAGAACCAUUGACGAUCGACUCAGGUGAAGGAACGAUGGAACACUCACUGCAUCAUCAUCAUCAACAGCAGAUACCACAACCGCCUCCUAGGUACGAAAGUUAUCUUAUCAACGGGUCGGCUACUACUUGCCGCGGUGUAGGUCAACACCAUUCGUACCAUUCUCAACAGUCGAAUUCUCAUCAGCAGCAGCUCUCUCAACAAAUAAAAAAAAUGCCUCAACAGAUAUUUGAUAACCGAUCUAUGAAUUCUUUAGAUGAACAUGAUAAUUUCAAACAUCAUACUCAAAAGCAUCAUCACAAUUUGUUUUUCUACGAAGAUAGCAAUGAUUUUGAUAAGAUCGGCAGUAAUCAAGGAUUCCAAAUAUAUCCUCCUCCAACGACGCCUCCAGAACCAGCACCUCCAGAUCAUCUUUUGAUACCAUCUUCAAUUUUGCGUCAGCUUAAGGCAGAUACGAUACCGCAGUCACAUUCGAGCAUGGAAGAAAUCAAUUCUGACGUAAGCGGAUCGAAGGAUUCAAUCAACACAUAUGAUUCAGGUUGGUUAGAAGAUGGAUUUGUUAUCAAAAAGCAGGAUGUGAAACAAAACGAGAAUUUGUGGAAAAAUGCAAAUGUUCAUCAUGCUUUCACUACUGGACGGCGACCAAAUCAAUCGGGAUUUUCAAAAAAAAUUCGACCAAAAGGCCCCAGUCAAACACUAAAGCAACCUGGAAAAUUAAAUUUAAAAAGUUUUGCUAUAGUCAAUGAGGCUAUAGCUCGAAUGAAUAUUGUUUUCAAUAUGCAAGAAAACUCUGAUUCAGGAAGUGAUUCUAGCUCUUUGGAACGAAAACGGUCAAAUGAUGGUUAUUCAAAGAUAAGCCGCAAGACACAACCACCUAAAAGGCAUCGAAAAAAACGAACGGCUAUACCUGUGCAACCACCGAAAAUUCCAGUUGGUUUAUUUGGCGCUUCAGGGUGUGUAGCUGAAGAAAUAAUAAGUAGCAGUAUAGGUCCGGGAUCAUCUACCGGCAUGCCGAUUGUGUAUCAGAAACUGAAAACCGAAUCAAAAACUGGUCUUGAUAAGCAAGAACUUCGCUCUCAGGAGCAAGAUGAAUGUAGUGUUGAUAUAUCAUCUCCCAGAGGAAAUUCUCCAAUUUUUGGAAUAUUGUCGAAAAGAAAUGAACGUGAAAAAUUGAUCACAAAGCAGAAAAACUGGUUCGGUAAAGAAAUAGAUCCUAAUGGUAAAAAUAAUAAGGACGCAAAAGAUUUUCGCACGAAUUUGAAAAUCACAAAUAAAACGACUAAGCAUAAUGCUUCUGGAUUUGCUGUAUCGGUCCAACUUUCCUUGUCAAACCUGAAGCAGUCCGAUAAAGUUCCCUUGGUUCCACAAUUCGUGGAGAAGUGUGUUAAGUUUAUAGAACAAGAAGGGCUUGAUUCGGAAGGCAUCUAUCGGGUUCCUGGAAAUCGAACACAUGUUGACUUAUUAAACCAAAAAUUUUCAGACGAACCAGAUGUCCAGAUUGAGAAAUUGGACAUUCCCGUUAACGCUGUUGCAACAGCUCUCAAAGAUUUUUUUGUAAAGCGGUUACAUGGUUUAUUCAGUGCGGAAUUGAUGAGCGAACUUGAAGAGAUAGCUGGCUCUCGGCCUUUGCAAUCAGUUGCUAGCUUGAAUAUGGAAGUUAAGACGGAUCGUAGUUGUCGAUUGAUUGCAUUACGCGGAUUGUUGAAUAAAUUACCUCCUGCCAAUUUCACCAUAUUAAGCUACAUUUUUCAGCAUUUCGUUCGUGUAUCCGAAAAUUCAAAGCUAAACAGCAUGGACAGCAAAAAUCUCGCAAUCUGUUGGUGGCCAACACUGCUUCCAAUCGAAUUCACUGAUAUGAUUCGAUUUGAAACGAUGCGACCCUAUUUGGAAGAUAUUGUUCAAACAAUGAUUGACCAGUACCCAUUUCUCUUUUGUGGAGAGGAAGCUUUCGUUAUGGUCUGAUAAAAUUAAAAGCUUUUGAUCAUAAUGUAAAUCAUGCACUGCUUGUUCUUCGGUACAAUAACUUCUGACAUAAGAGUUAAUAUUAUGAUGUAAUGAACGCUAACUUUUUGGAUGAUUUGUGUACAAUAGUUAUAUGAACAAUUAAUUUUAACUAACUUCACCAAUAGCACAGUCAUAUGAAUAUUAAUGUAAUAUCAAGCUUAAAAUUUUGUCACUUUUUUGAGUUUGAGAUUCACGUAAACUCAAUUCGUACUCGAUAUACAAAAUCUCAGAAAUAGUUGUUAGUUUAGUAAUAUGUUUGUUAGUUGUUAAUUUGGUAUUUUGUUUGUAAGCCAUACCUAGAUACGAAUCCUUAAAUCAUAUUUCAGAUUACUUUUCCAUUGUCGGUAUGGUUCUUCAAAUCAUGUAAAACUGCAUCCGACUUAUACAGCAUUCGUAAAAAACGGUUAUUUUCAUUACAUUAGAAAUUCCUCGUGUAAAUCUAAGUUUUUCUAUCUAUAUAAAAGCAAUUAUUAGCGUUGCAAUUUUUUUUACACUGAAUAUGAAUCAAUUCUAGUUACUGUCAAUAAGAUACAACAAACGAGUAACAAAAUUUAUAUUAAUAUUGAUAUUCACAAUUACACGGCAAUCAAGGCAAAAUUCAGAUCAUCAAGUGAUCGCUACAAAUGAGUUUUAUCUAAUUGGAGUAAAAAAAGUUAAAGUCUAUCAAACGAUAGAAAAAAAAAUCUUUUUACAAUUCAUAUAUGAUUAAAAAACAAAUUCGUUAUUUUUCGUAAGAGCUUCUAAGGAAAAAUACAAAAUUGCUUGAAUUGAAAUUUAAAGAUAGAAAAAAACUUGCAAAUAAAAAAAUUAAAAUAUUUAGUUAGAAAUACCGUAAUAUAUUUUAACCGAUGAGUUUCAAAGUGUAUAAUAUAUUAUAGUUUUAAUUUAAAAGUGAUUAUUUUGAAAUAUAGAAAUGAUACAUAACUUUUUUGGCUUGUGUUGCACAAUGCAUACAUAAACGCAUGUACAAUUCUUCAUAAUUCAAAUCACGGGCCGA